AUGCUGCCGGAUCUGAGAGAUAUCCAGUGGAAGGAAACACGUUACAAUUACGUCGCGACGCUCGAUCAGAAAUGGGAAAGUUGCAUGGCGCAUAGCUACUACACGAUUAAUCGCAUUUUACUCCUAAGUAUCGGUCUGUGGCCGUAUCAAGGAUCCAGUUCCAGACGAAUCGUGAUUACAUUUAUGACCGUGGUGCUUUUCUCAAGCAUAGUAAUUCAGCUUACAACCUUCGUCACAACCGAGUGCGACGUGGAUGUCUUUUUGCAUGUUUCUGCGCACUGCAUCCCAUGGCUAGCGUACACAUUGAAAUAUAACGUGCUUUGCCUCAACGUAAAGAAGUUGCGAGAUAUCAUGGAACGUAUCCGAUCCGACUGGAUCGAAUUGAAUAACGCCCAAGAGAUUGAGAUAAUAAAAAAGUACUCAGCUUUCGGAAAAUUCAUCACAAUAGGCACCGUUUUGUUCAUGUGUGCAUCUUUGUGCGGCUACAUCUUAUUACACGUUAUAUUAAAUUACAUACUCGAUUACGUAACAGCAGCCAACGAAUCACGUUCACGUCCAAUUCCGAUCAAGGUUGAGUACUUUGUAGAUCAGCAAAAGUAUUACGCUUUGAUUAUGUCUCACAUUUUCUUGUUCGUUCUGAGUGGAUUUAUGACGGUAAUAGCCACUGAGACGCUCCUUAUGUCGUACGCGCAGCACGCGUGCGGAUUAUUCGAAAUAGCCAAGUUCGUCGAAAUGACUGCGGAAAAUUUUAAAUCGGCGUACAUGGUACUAUUGCCGUUGGGAGUGACGUCAAUGAGCAUUAAUCUCUAUCGUUUGUCUUAUCUACUAAAGUCCGAGAAUUAUUAUGAAUUGGUCGUCAGUCUCGUUUUCGUCCUUGGACACAUAUGGUACAAUACAAAAUGGUACACUACGUCGUUGAAAGCGCAGAAACUGUUAUGGAUUGUAAUGCAAAGAACAAUGCGACACUGCGUUAUUACCAUUGGUGGUUUGUUCGCUCCAUCGUUCGAAGGGUUUGCCAUGCUCAUGAGCACGUCAGUUUCGUAUUUUAUGGUACUUCUUUCUAUCCAGGAUAGCUGA